GAUCAGUGUGUUCCUGGCCGCGGAAACAGGUGGAUCUCUUCUGCCCUGUCCAUGGGAAAGGCGACAUUUGAUAGACAAACGAGAGCAUCGGAAGAUGAGGCUGGCAUGACAAGUCAUGGUGUUGAGCUUCGUCACUCAUUGUACUGAGUGGAUGACAAAGAAUUGGUUCUCUGAUUUAGUCAUCUAACUGCACAGCGCUGCAUUCAAACAAAAUGUACGGACUCAUCCAUAGCUGUGUCAAAGAAUGGGUGAUGAACAACUAUGGGAAGGACAAAUGGAUGGAAAUAUUGGCAAUAUCGGGAGCGGACGACGAGCAGACGUUCCUCAACUUCCAGUGCUACCCCGACCAGGCCACCCUGGACUUCAUAGGCAUCGUCGUCAAACAUUUGGAGAUCAGCCUCGAAUACUUUCUGGAGGGGGUCGGUAUGCAUUUUGUCGAUUUCACUAUCGAGAAAGGCUACGGCGAGAUGCUGCACACUCUAGGAAGAACCUUCCACGCAUUUCUGGACAACCUCGACUAUCUUCACUGCUACCUGAUGACCACGGCCUUCCCGGGGAUCGUGAUGCCGUCGUUUGCCUGCACCGAGGACACGGAGCGGCCGGACGUGCUGUAUGUCGAUUACUACUCGCGACGACAGGGGCUCCAGACGCUGGCCAUAGGAGCCCUGAAGGGGUGCGCCAAGAACUUCUACAACCUAGCCGUCCAGUUCGAGGUGAUGUGGACCAGGGAGGAGAGGAUCAACGAGGAGGAGGUGGUCCACCACGUGCGACUGAGGGUGACCCAGCUAGGCCAGCUGACCACCCCGACUCUACCUGUGCCCUCCGGGGACCGUCCUCGCUCUGCCCUCUCCCUGGCCCCCGCGGCAGAUACGUUGGCUCCAGCUGAGGUCAACUUUGUCAACACGGCUGAGUUUUCGGCGAUACACCCCUACCACUUCAUCUUCAACCAGGGGCUGAGAGUGCAACAGUACGGUUUCGGUAUCGGCGUGCUAUGCCCGGAAGUGACGUCAUUUCCGGCCGUGGACGAGCUGCUGGAGCUCGUUUGGCCCUACACCACCUUUAACUUUGAGAACGUGGAGCGCUUCAAGAACCUGGUGUUCCAAUUUGCCGUCACUAAAGGCACAGAGAAGACGGUGGGCACCGUUCUCAGAGGCGAGCUGAUUUUUCUCGGUGACAACCGGGUUCUGUUCCUCGGAAACCCGAUGGUGACCAGUUUGAAGGAGCUGGCCGAGAAAUCGCUGAAGAUAUCCGACAUUCCCCGUUCGGACUCGACACGGGAGCUGAUCCUCCUCAAACACCAGCGCAGCACCGAGUUUGAUCUCAUGCAGCGUCUGGAGGCCACCACGGCGGAGCUGAAGCGCACAGCCGCUGCCCUAGAGAAGGAGAAGGAGAAGACAGACCGGCUGCUGCACAGUAUGCUACCCCCGGAGGUGGCGCACAAGCUCAAGAGCGGAGACAAAGUUCAGGAGAACUUCGAUAGCGCCACUAUUCUGUUCAGCGAUAUCGUGACGUUCACCGUGAUCGCCUCCCAUUGCGAACCGCGUCAGAUUGUUCAGCUGCUGAACGAGAUGUAUACGCGCUUCGAUGAUGCGACCGAGAGUAACGGCGUCUACAAGGUGGAGACGAUCGGCGACGCCUACAUGGUGGUCGGUGGGAUCCCGGGCCGGGUGCGGGACCACGCCACCCGAGUCACUAGCCAGGCGAUUGACAUGGUCCGGCUGGCCAGGCAGGUGGCGCACCCCAUCACAGGAGCGCCCGUCCAGAUUCGCGUGGGCCUGCACACGGGCCCCGCGGUGGCGGGGGUGGUCGGUCAGAAGAUGCCCCGCUACUGCCUGUUCGGCGACACAGUGAACGUGGCCAGCAGGAUGGAGUCGCACGGAGUGCCCGGCAGGAUCCACCUGAGCGGCGACUGUAAAAGGAGGCUGGAGGCCGAGGGCUCGCCGUAUGCCCUAGAGUCUCGUGGCAUCACCGAGAUCAAAGGCAAGGGCAUGAUGGAGACAUUUUUCGUCGAGUCGGUGUACGACCCAGCUGUCGGCAGAGGCAUAAACGACGCAGCGGCAGACGUCGGCGACAAUUCUGGCGCAGAGGCUGGUCAGAGCGCCGAUAGUAGUGCAGCACAACACAGCAGUGUCUGUGGACUUCAGUAGGUAAACGCUCGCACAUACGCGCUUCAGCUACGGCUGGGUUCGGUAUUUAGCUAAGCUACAUAUGCGUAGUUGUGGCCAUGCAGUAUGCACGAUGCAGCGCACCUUAGUACAAAUACGACAGAAGUUAACAUGACUACAUUGAGUGUUUGAUGUAAGCUACUUUUUUUAAGCUUUGGUUACAUUGCUUUUGCUUGUAUAAGUAAUGUAGCUUUUUGUCUCGCAG